UAUUCAAUAUUAUUAUCAUCUGUGUUAUUAUGUUAUUACAAUUAUGAAUGCAGAUACUUGAAGAGUAGAACACAAUGGCUGCAUCCUCUUGGGGUGGAUCAUAUGUCUGCCUCCCUGGCUCCUUCCCCUUGACAAAAAACACACCAUAAUCAAUGGGGAGUGGUGCUGGGCGAGGCUACUGCAGCUGCCUGCUUGUGAUUCGCUGACAUGCGCUCUAAUUGGAUCAAGUAGGAACUUGCUUAGCUGGAUGCUUGGGCUGGGAUUGGGAGCAGCCUGCAAAGAGAGCACGGACACCGCACCAGACAGGAAGAGAGGCAGAGAGGGAGGAGGCCAAAGGCUGCCCUGCUCACCACUUGGAAAGGAAAGAUUGGGAGAGGAGGGGUGAAAGAAGAAAAAAGGGGGAGUAUCCAAUCUUCUCUGCCCUUCUGUGCUACUGCAGCCCCCCUUGCCCCUCCCUCUCUCUAUGAUUCUCUUUCUCUCUCUUUCCCCUUACUCAUCUGUUUCUGUGGCUGCGCUGAGAGGAAGGGCACCUGCCUCUCCCUGAUGAUUCAGCCUUUCAGCUACUUGGAGCUCCACAGACAAGACAGCAUGUCCCUCCUGCCACUGCAGUGCCUGGCUGUCCUGUCCUCUGCACUACAGCUACUGCAGCUGCAGCCGGCUCAUCACGUCAAUACCGCCUCUUCUGCCCAAGUGCUCAGCAAAUUUGACAAUUCUAUUUAUAGACUCAUGGUUGCGUUUCCUGUGAGAAAGCAUGAGUAAGGAACUCCAUUCCCUCAUGCGCAGAAGGUUGUCUACAUACCUCCCAGACUGUUAACAAGGUUCGACUCACUCUGAAGAGCAUUUUUGCCUCCCUCUGGAAUUCCAACUCUGACUUUGCAACCUCAUGAUGGAAAACAUACUCGAGGAGACUGGUGACAAACAGCCACAGUGUGAUGCUCUGAGUUAAUAGUUGAGGUGUUCAGAGACCCUUCAUCCAGCAGUUGGUAAGGAUGACUGAGGGAAUGGAGGACUUCUCUGCUGGGCCAGCUCCCCCUCCUGGAUCAGCCUCCCCCACCAGUUCUACUGUUGAUCCUGAACAAGUCCCAGAGGAGAAACCAGAGGAGACAGAGGCAGCUGGUGAGAGUGGGGAGGAGGGUGCAGAGGGAACUGCAGAGGGAGGCGGUGGCGGUGAUGGGGAGCAUUUGGGGGCUCUGGGAACUGUGGCCUUGCCAGGGACCUGCUGUGUGUGCAUAGAGAUGGAACAGAUUAACAAUUGCCUGCACUCUGAGAAAAUCUGCAUUCUGCCUAUCCUGGCCUGUCUGCUUAGCUUAGCCCUCUGCACAGCUGGCCUUAAAUGGGUCUUUGUGGAUAAGAUCUUUGAGUACGAACCACCCACACACUUAGAUCCUAAACGCAUUGGACAGGACCCAAUUGUUAUAUCAGUUGACCCCACGCUGGGGCUAACUGUGUCGAUUCCUCAUUCAUCUCCGUCUCCUGUCUCCUUGACCACCACCAUCGCCAUUACCCCAGGACAUCCUGACGUGUUAGUGGAAGAGAAAUCUACACGAGGGCCGUACGUGCCUCAGUCCCCACGAGUGACUCAGUCUGAUCCCUCCGUUACACUGAAAUACAACGCUGAGCGUUCCACCGUCCCAAAGCAGACUCCCCACCCUCAUACAACACAGGAGUUAAACGACAUCAUCAUCCCAACAACCUCUGCCACCAGCACCACCACUACAGCCAAGACCUCCAGUCAUGUGAUGCGCUGCAGUGACAGCCAGAGGAACUACUGUGUUAAUGGAGGGGAGUGCUUCACCCUUGAAAUCAUGCCAGGCAGCACAAAGUUUCUCUGCAGGUGUCCAAAUGAAUUUACUGGUGAUCGCUGCCAAAACUAUGUGAUGGCCAGCUUUUACAAAGCGGAGGAGCUGUAUCAGAAACGUAUUUUAACAAUAUCAGGAAUCUGCAUUGCUCUCCUAGUCGUUGGAAUCAUGUGUGUGGUUGGCUACUGCAAAACAAAGAAGCAGAGGAAGAGGCUCCAUGACCGCCUGAGGCAGAGCCUGAGGAAUAAAAGGAACAAUAAUACCAAUACUGGUAGUGGCCCCAACCUGGCAACCUCAGCCAGAGGACGUCAGAUUUCUAACUUGCCUCUUCAAGAUUUGCAGCUUAACAAUCAAUGUAAUGGGACAUCUAUGCAGCAUGCAGCUGAGAAGGAGACGGAAACAACCUUCUCCACAAGCAAAUAUGCCUUAUCUGCGCAUGAACCCACCACAUUCACCAACAUUUCCAGCCAAAGGUUGGUAUCUGACAUGACAACCCCGACUCAGCUGUCUCCAGUAUCCCGGACCUCUCUUGCAACUCCAGGGUCUCCUCCAUCAGAGAUGUCAGCCCCCCUGUCCAGCCUGGCCAUCUCUGUCCCCUCAGUGGCUUUAAGCCCCUCUGGUGAGGAGGAGCGCCCCCUGCUAUUGUCGAAGACAGGUCAGUCACAUAAGUCCUCGAGCCGAGAACAGAAGAGGAACUCAGCCCACUACAACCAUGGCCAUGUGGCAAGUAGCUUACCACCUAGCCCACUGUUUACUAUGGAGAACGGUAACUACCAAAUCAUAGGUGACCAUGACACCACAGCUGCCAGCCUACUUAAUAAAAACAACAACAUCGACAACUGCAGUACCAAAAGAGCAGGAGUCACCGAUGGCCAUUUGCCGCGUAAUGUGGAGUCUGGCGAUGAGAGCAUGCUCAUGAGCGAAACUGAGGAGCCUCAGGGGGAACACACCCCCUUCCUCACUACAGUGAGCACUACAGUCCUGUUGCUCAGGGCCAUGGACAGCUGCAGGACUAACCCAGCAUCACCAAAUGAUGACUUGCAAGUCAAGUCAUCCUGUUCCACCACCAAACAAGAUCCAGUCGCUGUGUGAAGUAAAAAGAGAUUGCAGAGAAUCCUUUAUGUUGAGGGGAAAAAAGGAAUUAUCACUCUUAAACCUUUAUUUUCUAUAAAUUAUUUGCUGUGUAAAUGAAAAAUAAAACUUUUAUUUUAGUGAUGUAGUAAAUAAAGAGUUUUAUAAGAAGUGUACAAAUGUGAUCAUGUCUUGUAGGUAAAGUGCCAUACACUAGUAUGUAGCAACGGUUCACAGUAAAUUUCAGUGCAGAAAAAAUAUCAAUGGUGCCUUUCUGUUUGGUAUGCUUAAGGGAACUGCAACAUUGCAUACUGGGCCAUAUAUUCACCAUCUUAAUCUUCCAGUUAACUAUCAAAAAUAACUUGCUGGCUGCUUUUAAAGUCCUGCAGUUGGAAGUGCCCAUUGACACGAUGAUAUUUAAUUUAUGUGUUCAAGGUGCAUGCUACGUCCAUAAAUGCUGUGAUGGAAUAAUGAGCAGCUUAUGUGGUUUCCCCUCCAGCCAUUUGACCUCACCGGUUGAUUAUCUGAUGUCCUUUGUAUGGAUUUUGGGCUGUCUCACUGAGAUUUUCUUCUGAAACACAAAACAGAACUUCAAUGCCUGGACUGAUCUUUAUGAGUAAAUGAUUAAACGGCUCAUUACCUGCAUUUGAUGAGAGGUGGAGAAGAUGUUAGACUUCAUAAUGUUUUUAUUUAUCAUCGUCUAAUCCGGUAUCCUGCUGGUGAACGAAUAUUAAGUGUUAGAUAAAGGUGCAAUCAGUAAAGUCUGGCUCUUUAGUGUUACUAAUGCUGUCGUUUAUAUAAGCUUAACAUAACCUUGUAGAUUUGUUUGAGUAAAUUCUAUAUUGGGAUUUGAACUACAUGUUUCAAUUUCACCACUUCUAUGCUGCUGCGGUUCUGCACUGGUGUAAUAUUGCAAAAAAAAAAGUAUUGAAAGGAUCUUUUUGAAAGUAGUUUAAUUUCUUUCUAUGCUGGCAGGAUUCCUCAUCUUCACUGAGUACAAAUUGACAGUUAACGUGGUGCCACCAAAUACAUAACUGCUAGCAUGUAGACCAGCAGUUCUCUAUUUCUUGAAGAGAACACUCCAAUUACUUGUGCCCUCCAUCAAUUGUAUGAUCGAUUACUGAUUGCAUCUUUAAGUGCAAGAAUAUCUACAAAGUGUGUAUUAAAUGGAAGACUGAAUAAGCCUCAAUUUGUCCUUCAUGAAGACAUCCAUGUGUUCCUGAGUAAUGCAGUUUGGGGAUUAAAGAAAUUGCUAAAUAUAUACAUGAUUGUUAACUGCUUUAAUUUGUUCUGUCAUAUCUUUGGAAUUCAAAAUGUUACAAUUUCCAAAGUAUGCCCUUACCUUUUUUCGACGACCCCAGCUUGUGUUCACGUGUGCAGUCUUAAUGUAUGUGUGAUUUUAAAAAGUUUUGACAGUGUCUGCUAACAUGAACAUAGUUUAUGAAAAUCUGCCAAAGACUGUCACCACUUCUAGAAUAAACAAAUUUAUGAAAAGUAAAUCAAAAUAACUAUUAUUUGGCUCUGUCAUAAACCAUAGUUUCUUAAAAUGUAUGUAUGUAGAAUUAACAGUCAGCAUAUGAGUAAGAAUGAACCAUUGCUGUAGUAAUGGUGGCCAUACUUCUGUAUAUUUAUGUUAAGAUAAUUAGUAUUUAUUUGGUAGUUCUUUCUAAUUACAAGCAUUUAUCACUGUUAUAUAGAAAAACAUUUAUAUUUUAACAAACAUGAUUUAAAAGAUGUAAAAUAUACAUAGUCAUCUGUUCCACAGGUUAUUAGUGCUAAAUAGAAAAUAACUACUUGCAUAUUUUGUCACUUGUAUGCUUAACAUAACUCACAAUGCAUUGCUUUUAGGUCUAGGAGUGUCUUCAAAUUAUAUAAAUACACCAUGAAAAUCUU